GGCGGAGCAGUAAGCGACGUGUGCCGCUGUACCAUGCCGGACGCGCUUCCCGCGAAUAGCGUUCGGCGGUAAUAGGGCGAAGUAGGCACCACUGCCGCCUUUGCCUUCGUGAGUCAUUAAAGACGUACUUCGCUUCCGAACCUUACCUCAAUGUGUGAUGUGUGGCCGACUAGAUCUGACGCUGACCGAGGCUUGGGCGGGUCCACUGUCGCGAAUCGGCGGCGGCGACUGGUCCAGCUCCUACCCCGCAAAAUCCGGUCCUUCUCCACUUAGCUUAGCAGCGAACCCUGCAGGCGGCCUUUGCACCCUGGCUACACCGAUACCCCACACACUUUUUGUUCGGCCCUUCGAGGACGUUUAGCUCCUUUACGUUAGUAUCCAAACAAUCAAAGAUGGAUCCAACUAAUCUCCCUCCUCGCUCGACGCCGCAUUGGGCUCUCUACCGCCGGGAGAAAUUCGUAGAGGCGACUCGUGAUGGCCAAGAGCCGCCUUUCAGCACGCACCCCGAUGAGCUGGAGCGCCUGGCCAAGGAAAGGCUCUCUGCGACGGGGUGGAGCUAUGCUUCGUGCAAUGCCGGUCUCGGAGACACUCACAAGUCGAAUCGAGAUGCCUUCAAGGACUGGAAGAUUGUCCCUCGCAUGGGCGUAGACACGAACGCUCGCGACACCACUACCGAGAUCUUUGGCAGGAAGCUCUCCGUCCCCAUCGGGAUUUCGCCUGUAGGACUGAAUAAGAUCUACCACCCAGAAGGAGAGCUGCCUGUGGCACGUGUGGCCGGCGAGCUCGGAAUCCCCUACAGUCUCUCCACUGCAGGCUCUGUUCCUAUCGAGGAAGCCGCGGCUCACAACGUCCAGGGCGCCGCCAAGGGUAUCGAAUCCCAGUCAGGAGCCACAGACCCCAACGGUCUGAGGUGGUUCCAGCUCUACAUUCCUAAUGACGAUGAGCUGUGUAUCAGCUUUCUGCAGCGCGCUCACGACUCUGGCUGGGAGGCAGCAGUCUGCACAUUAGACACCCCGAUGCUCGCGUGGCGACACCAAGACGUCGCCAUUGGGGCAUAUGCACCUUACAAGGGUGUCACUGGCCACGAGAUCGGUCUUUCCGACAAGGUUUUCCAGCGUCGUCUAGCUGCGCUCGGCAUCGAUCCCGUCAAGGAUCCCAAGGCCGCCGGCAGGAAGUACAUCGACACGGUCUGGCAUGGGCACACUUUCGAUUGGGAGCGCGUCAAGUGGGCCAAGGAGCAGUGGCACCGCAUCUCUGGCAACAAGCCCUUCCUAGUGAAAGGUGUCCAGUCAGUCGAGGACGCCAACAAGAGUCUCGAGAUCGGAUGCCAGGGUAUCGUCGUUUCCAACCAUGCCGGUAGACAAGUCGACGGUGCUGUCGGCUCGCUCGAGGUGCUGCCCGAGAUCGUCGAUGCUGUAGGCGACAAGCUCACAGUCUGCUUCGACUCAGGUGUUCGAGGAGCUAGCGACGUCUUCAAGGCACUCGCCCUCGGCGCCAAGCUGGUGAUGAUUGGCCGACUGUGGAUCUUUGGUCUUAGCAUCGGUGGAGAGCAGGGAGUGAGACACGUCUUGAAGAGUUUGCUGGCAGAGUUCGACAUCUUGAUGAACGUGGGUGGUUUCAAAAGUAUCAAGGACAUCGAUCGAUCCGCUCUGAGACACAAGAAGCAGCUGGGUCCUCGUCUCUAAGAUGCAACACAGCCGGCACAUGUAUUGUCCUCGAAGCGUCAGCUCAACGACAGAUCCUUUCGCGCAGCCGCGACUGUCUCUUGCAAAUCCGCAGAAUGCGACUCUAUGUAUUGAUUGACGUGCCACACACACAAGCUCUUUGAUGAUGGAGGGCUAAGAAUAUUUCGCCAGUGAUAAUAACUGGUCGCAGUAGGAACGCCACACGCUCAAAGUAAGCGGCUCACGCAUCUGGGUUGUUAGCCUUGCUGGUAGCCUCCGCUUGCUUCCUCAGCAGCACAGGUGUGUCGUCCCU